AUGGCAAGAAGCCGGCCAGGCAUUCUGCUCGCCCUGGCCUUCGCCAUGGCCGCCGUGGCGGCACUGGCACCGGCGCCGGUGGCCGCGACCAAGUACAACAUCACCAAGAUUCUGGCACCGUACAAGGAGUACUCCAAGUUCAACGAGAUGCUGUCCAAGACGCGGCUGGCGUACGACAUCAACCGGCGGCAGACCAUCACCGUGCUGGCCGUCGACAACUCCGCCAUGUCGGCGCUCGACCACUACUCGCUGCAGACGAUCCGGCACAUCCUGUCGCUGCACGUCCUCGUCGACUACUACGGCGACAAGAAGCUCAAGAAGCUCGCCCAUGGCUCCACCGCCUCCUCGUCCAUGUUCCAGGCUACCGGGUCGGCGUCAGGCAUGUCGGGGUACGUGAACAUCACCCGAAAAGACGGCAAGGUGAGCUUCAUGACGGAGGACGCCGACGACACCGCGAAGCCGUCCCGGUACGUCAAGUCCGUGAAGGAGUACCCCUACGACAUCGCGGUGCUCCAGGUGAGCUCCAUCAUCUCGUCCGCCGAGGCCGAGGCUCCCGUCCCGCCCCCGGCGCCCGUGGACCUGGUGGAGCUCCUCUCCAAGAGGUACUGCAAGUCCUUCGCGUCCCUGCUCUCCGCCAACGCCGAGGUGUUCCGCGCCGUGAACGAGACCAAGGACAACGGCCUGACGCUCUUCUGCCCCGUGGACUCGGCCGUCGCGGCGUUCGCGGCCACGUACAAGAACCUGACGGCCAAGGCCAAGACGGCCAUCCUCCUGUUCCACGGUGUGCCGGACUACUUCUCGCUGCAGCUGCUCAAGUCCAACAACGGCAUGGUCACCACGCUCGCCACCGCCAGCGAGAAGAAGAUGGACUACAGCUACGACGUGAAGAACAAAGGCGAGACGGUCACGCUGCAGACCAGGGUCGUCACGUCCAGCGUCACCGCCACCGUCGGCGACAUGGAGCCGCUGGCCGUCUACGCCGUGGACAAGUUCCUGCAGCCCAAGGAGCUGUUCAAGGUCGUCGAGGCGCCCGCGCCCGCGCCGGAGCCGUCGUCCAAGAAGAAGAAGGCCGGUCACGGCGGGGGUGACGACGAUUCCUCCGACGAUUCGACGGCCGAUGCGGAAAAGGGCGACGCAGCACCGGCUCUGCUCGCGCGAUGGGUAGUCACCGCGGCCGCGACGGCGGUAGCUGCAUAUGCGUCGAUGGGCUAA